AAUACUCGCAUUCCUCCAACUUGACGCCUUUCUUCCCUUGGCCAUGGAAGAGGUUGACAAAGAUAUAUUGAAAUGGCGCCUUACGAUAGUGACUCUUCAGGUGGCGAGAAUAACGAAUACACCGAGACCAAUGUUCUUUUAGGAUAUGCCUCGAGUAUGCCCUCGGACGAUACCAUCAGUCAGCUAGGUGGAAAACCAACCUGGCUUGACCCCACGGCCCCACCUUCUGCGACGUUGGCGAAGUGCAAAGUGUGCGAUGAUUUCAUGGUCUUGCUUCUACAGUUGAAUGGAGAUCUACCAGAGUUCUUCUCCGGACAUGAGAGACGCUUGUACGUGAUGACAUGCCGGCGAAAGACGUGCAGGCGCAAAGAGGGGAGUGUGAAGGCUCUGAGGGGCAUUAGGGUAACUGAAGUUGCGGCGAAAGACAAGCGGAAGGGGAAUGCCAAAUCACAAUUGGAAGGGGAUACCCCGAUCUCAACAUCAGAUGUGAAUUUGGGGGAGACGUUAUUCGGCACGAAACCAUCUUCGACCUCAACUUCCGCGAACCCAUUCUCCACCAAUCCGAAGAGUGCAGCACCAUCGAAUCCGUUUUCCACCCCAUCUUCGUCAGCUCCAAAUAACCCCUUUGCAGCUGCUCGCCUUCCAGUCUCAGAGCUUGCAGCAAAACCACCUCAGCGCCCAUCGGAGACCACCGACUUCCUCAAGACCUUCGCCUCUGCCCUUUCUCUCAACAUCGACCAGCCUCAAUUUGGACGUCCCCUACCCCCCGAUCCCUGGCCACAAGAGUCAGAACUUCCACCUGCAUACCCACUGUAUUAUCUCGUAGACGCAAACUACGAGAUCUUGGACAAAAUUGAAGAUCCGCCUAUUCCCACCCAGACUAUGGAUUUAGACGAAGGCCAAGGAGGAAGCAAUCAGAAGGAAGAUAAAGAUGUCUUUGAGAGCACGAUUGACAUGACGUUCCAGAAAUUCGCUGACAGGUUAGCUCAGAAUCCGGAACAGGUUAUUCGGUAUGAAUUUAAGGGGGAGCCAUUGUUGUACUCGAAGCAUGAUGAUGUUGGGAAGUUAUUAGGGAGUUCGGGGAAGGAUGAUGUGAAAGUUACAACGACAUCUGUGAACGGGGGUAGAAUCCCGAGGUGUGGGAACUGUGGCGCCGGGAGAGUCUUUGAGGUGCAGCUGACACCGCAUGCUAUUAUGGAGUUGGAGAGGGAAGAGAUAAGUAUUGAUGGGAUGGAGUGGGGAACCAUCAUUGUUGGUGUUUGCGAGAGAGAUUGCCAGCAGAACGGUGUACAGAAUGGUGAGAUAGGAUAUGUGGAGGAGUGGGCUGGCGUUCAAUGGGAAGAAUUGAAUGAGAGGAGAUAAACGAGUAAUGUCCAUAUCGAUACUUCAGCAACACUAGCUUGAUUUGCAAUUAGAUGACUUGUUAAUUCAUCUUGAACCAAGC